AUUCACUGCUUCAAUGAUGUUCGAGCCUCAUGCAAAACUGUUCCGAAUCUUACAAAAGCCCAACUUGAAUUAUGUUACAGAGCGAAUGAUGUGACAAUGGCAGCAAUAGAAGGACUGGAGCUGGCAGUAAAAGAAUGUCAACAUCAGUUUCGAUGGAAUCGUUGGAACUGUUCAUCGUUAAGUACAAAAAGUCGCAAUCCACACUCAUCAAAUUUAUUUAAAAGAGGUUAUCGUGAAAGUGCAUUUGGACAUGCGAUUUCUGCUGCUGGUGUUGUUCAUAAUGUCGCAAGAGCAUGCAGCCAAGGGAGAUUAUUAUCAUGUGGUUGUGAUCCGAAUUCAAAUCGAAAAGGUCUAACAAAAUCACUGAGAGAAAGUUUAGAGAAGGAGAAGAAAAAGUUCCUCGAUAAUGUUGUUGAAAGUCCAUUCAUCGUUGAUAAAACUUUUGAAGCGACUCAUAGAAUCAACACAAAUGAAGUCAUGUCAAAGAAAAAGCUCAAACAGAAACUAGCAAACCGAUGGAAAUGGGCUGGUUGUUCACACAACAUCGACUUCGGAAUUGAGUUCUCUGAAAUGUUUCUAGAUUCACGUGAGAAGGCGGGCGAUAUUCAAUCCCAAAUAAAUCUUCACAACAAUAAAAUCGGUCGUGUGACGGUGGCCAAGAACCUCGUUAGUCGUUGUAAAUGUCACGGGCUGUCGGGUAGCUGUCAAUUAAAAACCUGCUGGAAGGCAGCGCCCGACUUUCGUAUUGUUGGAAAAGUCUUGAAGCAACAAUUUCGACGCGCAAUUCUCGUCGAUCAGUCCAACUUUGGUAACGGAAUGAUUGUGUAUAAAAAUGGUGGUAAAAAGCGCAAAUCAAAAUCUCUACAAAAUCGACCUUCAGUUAUUCGCAAUAAAUUUCAACACAAUGCUGAAACAUGGAAAAGAAAAACAAAGCGAAAUCGUCUGGACAAUUCACUUUUUUACUUUCAAAAGUCGCCCAACUUCUGUGAGAAAGACGUUCUUUCAGACAUUCCUGGCACUCAUGGUCGUCGAUGUAAUCGAACAAGUGCGGGCAGCGACUCUUGUUCGUCGUUAUGUUGCGGUCGAGGCUAUAAUUUAAUAAAGGAAGUGACUAAUCAAAGAUGUAACUGCAGAUUCCAUUGGUGCUGUUUCGUCGAAUGUCAAACAUGUGAACAUGUCGAGUGGAUAAGUUUAUGUAAUUAA